GCCCGCUGAGCUGGCCGAUUGGGAACCGCGCGAGCAGCUCGAGAUGACGGCGGGCGGAUGGCUUGCGGUGUUUGGAUUGGCUCUCUUGUCUAUCGGCCUCCCGUCGGACGCUUGGGACGCAGACCUGGAGCUUCUGGAUCUGGUCGAGGAGAUCCCGGACACCUUUUACCGUUUCCUGUCUCUGGAGCAGGAUGCGACGCCAUCAGAAAUCAAAAGGGCGUAUCGCCGCCUGUCGCUUGUUUUACAUCCUGACAAGAACAAAGAUGAAAACGCUGAGACGCAAUUCCGACAGUUGGUGUCCAUUUACGAAGUCCUGAAGGACGACGAGAGACGACGCAGGUAUGACUACAUCCUGGUGAACGGACUUCCCGAUUGGCGGCAGCCCGUCUUCUACUACCGGCGCGUGAGGAAGAUGAGCAACAGCGAGUUGGCCUUCCUGCUCUUCGUCAUCGUCACGAUCGGACACUACGCCGUCAUCUGGUCCAUCUACCUGGAGAAACAGUUGGAUGAAAUGCUGGCUAAAAAGAAGAGAGAGAAGAAGAAAAAGAGCAACGCCAAAGAAGAAGUCAAGUACGGCGGGGUGGACCGUGCUGACAGGGCUCAGGAGCGCCCCCACUGGCAAGACAUUCUUCCUUUGAAAGUCAGCAUGUGGAUCUACCUGUCCAUCAAACACAUGCCCCAAACCCUGCAGGAGGUGCAGCAGCACUACGAGGAUUACCAGCAGAUGAAGAAGCAGCAGAGGGAAGAACAAGAAGAGGAAAAAAAAGCUCAACAGGAAGUUGUGACCAGAGAGAAGAGGCCAAAGGUGAAGAAGCCAAAGAUCGACUUCCCCAUCUACGAGCCGUCGGCAGAGGAGCCAAACUUGCAAAGUUACCAGCAGACGGGAUCCAUCCAGGAAGUUGAAGAGCAGCUCGACCAAUGGUUGCAGGACCAGAAGCCCGCCAGGAAGAAGGCGUCAGAGUGGAGCGAGGACGACGUCAGCCUCCUCAGCAGACUGAUGGGAAAAUUCCCGGGAGGAACGCCGGGUCGUUGGGAGAAGAUCGCCCACGAGCUCGGCAGAUCCGUGAUGGAUGUGACCACCAAAGUCAAACAAGCCAAAGACCGCACCCACCUCAGCACAGGUCCACACGCAAUUACAUCUCCCACUCCACUGAUAUUUCUGUCUCAGGUUCUGUCUUCUGCUCUGGGUCUGGAGUUCGAUUGCAUUUGCUUCAGGUGUCGUCCGUGUGCCGGUGCAGGUCUGGUGAAGCUUUCCGAGUUGAAGGGGCCUCCUCUUCCUGCGAGGUCACUUCCUUUUUAUGACAGUGUAGUGACGCGUGGAGCGGGCGUGGCCUGUGAGGAGCAGGACGAAGAAGCGGUCAAGCGGGGGAACAGGAAGUGUGCGGUCGCGGCCGACGGAGGGGGGGGGGGACGUCUCAGGUCCCGGCGGCAGAAAGACUUCAACCCUGACGAGGUCGAUGAGGAGGAGGCGGCGGCGGUGCAGGAGAACAAGAACAAGGCGGAGGUGGUAGUGUGGACUCAGAACCAGCAGAAGCUUCUGGAACUGGCUCUGCAGCAGUUUCCCAGAGGAAGUGGCGAGCGCUGGGAUCGCAUCGCCAAAGUCGUUCCUGGGAAAAGCAAGGAGGACUGCAUGAUUCGUUACAAAAUGUUGGCAGAACUGGUCCAAAAAAGGAAACAAGCCAACAGCUGAUGAAGCCCGAUGACGCGGCCUGCGAGGUUGACCUUUGAUCCUUGAACACGGUCAUGUGUUUUCAUGUAACAACAGGAUGGACAUGACCUCUGACCUCAUUGCUUCAUGUGCCUUAGCCCCUCUCAUGAUGCUACCCGUCAAUCACUUUUUUGACUGAUAAAUAAAAAUAUUUAUUAUCCAAUCAAAAU